AUCUACCAAACAAACGCAAGAAAACAACAUGUCACAGACUCAGACCGCUCUCUUCGUGACCGAAAUCGGGAAGCCACUGAGCAAAAGCUCGCGGCCCAUCCCCGAGCCCAAGGAUGGACAAGUGCUCGUCAAGGUCACUGUAGGAGGUCUCAACCCCCACGACGCCAAGGCCCGCGACCACGGGCUCUUCAUCGCGGGUUUCCUCCCAGCAGUGCUCGCCGCGGAUGUCGUGGGCGUCGUGACCCGCCUGGGCCCGAAUGUCACACGCUUCCAGAAAGGGGACCACAUCGUCGGGCAAGCCUCGCUCCCAGAACCCAAUGUCAACACUCCGGACCCCAGUUUCUCGAACCCCAGCAACGACAGCCUGGGUCUCCAGGAAUACGCAAUCCUCGACGCCAGAUACUCGGCCAAGGUGCCGGCGGGAUUCACCGACGCCCAACUGGCGACCCUGCCGACCAACCUCGUGACCGCCGCGGUCGCGCUGUUCGACUCGACCUGCCUGGGCAUUCCGGCUCCCUGGGAUCCCGCUGCGUCCAGCUUCGACUACAAGAAUACCUCCAUUCUGAUUCUGGGCGGCGGCGCCAACACGGGCAAAUUCGGCAUCCAGCUCGCCGCGCUGGCAGGCAUCGGGCGGAUCAUCGUCGUUGCGAGCCCCCGCAGCGCAGCAGAGACCCGGGCGCUAGGCGCAACGCACAUCAUCGACCGCACCGGGAAGGCCGGGGCGGAGAUUGCCGCGGCGGUGCGAGAGAUCGUGGGUGAUGAGCUGAUCUACGCUUAUGAUACUAUCAACCCGCCGGAUAGCCAAUGGAUCGGCGUGGAGGCUUUGUCCAGCUCCAAGACGGGAAAGCUGGCGCGCCUGCUCCCUGUCGGCCCGGUCGAUGAGUCCCACCUCUCGACGAAGAAGACCGCGGGUUUUGAGACGUUGAAUGUAUUCGGCUCGUCUUUUGCAAGGCCCGCGACUGCUCAGCCGCUGUGGGAGCGCAUCUCCGGGUAUGUGGAGGAAGGGAAGGUCAAACCUACCGCUUUCCAGGCUAUAGAGGGGUUGGAUGUGGACGCUGUGAAUAGGAUUUUGGAUGGUUACUCGAAUGGGACUGCGACUGGCCAUUGGCAGGUUCAUCUGUGAAUGACUCUCCGGGUGGAUUCCAUGCGGGAGUAUCAUGGUUAAAACACCUGAUGUUUAUGUUUCUUGUGCGUCUGUUCUAUCUUUCAGCGCUUGCAAUGUGUUUUAAUGAAAUGCCACAAGUCAAAGGCGAGGCCGUGUUUGCUUGAUUAUUGGGAAGUUUCUCUUUGGGGGGGGGCACUGAUUGAUUAUGUCCCUGUGAUGCACAUAUUGUUAUUGUACGCCAGAAUUAAU